AAGAAAGGCAUGAUCAUUAGUUGGUGCACGCUAAUCGAGACAGCCAUUCGUAACGACGCGAUCGCGGAGAAACACCCCAUUUGGAGAGAAACCAUAAUCCAGUGAAACAGCAGCAAAAGCAGUAUGGCUCAUGUAACUAAUUAAAACAUUGGAGCGUUUAAACUGUAAUUAUUCAAAUCGACCGAACAUCCCAAUCACCAUAUAAUAGCAAUCGAGCAAGCAACUUCUUUCGCUUUAGUCGUUGCUUCAGAUCGGACCAACCCGAUAUCUAGGUAGGUGGGUAGCUAGGUGAGAGUGUUGCCGUUGCAUCGUCUUUUCGGCUGCUUCGCGGUUACGGCCUGCUUCAGCUCAUAAUUGGCAACCGGCGUACCACGCGAUGCAGACUGCGAUGGUGAAGUGGCGAAGCCUCCUGAUACCGAGAGCGUUGUUUUGGGUGUAAAAUCUGUCACCAAGGUUAGUUGGUGCUUAGAUGUUGACAUUGGAAGAAUUGCAUCUGUCCAUGGUGAAAUGUGGAAGUUAUCUUCACUGGGGCUGAUUGUGUCGAUGAUGUGCUGGGAAUUCAACAAGUUGUCCGGCAACAAUGAUAGAGAAGCUUUACGUGAUUAUAAUGGUGAACUUCUUAAACGCGUUAAUGGUGGACGAAUUGGACUUCUGGGGAACGUAUCCACACAACCUCUGGAGGAGGGAGAUGCAGCUCAUAAUUUCUUCACUACCCCGUCGCCAGCAACAACACCAUCAGCCGAAUUUACCACAUCGACUUUGGCGCCCGAUCGGUUACGCUUGCGUGAUCUGAUCGGGCGGAGCCAGGUGCAGUACAUCGACUACAAAGUGGAGUACGGACUACGCUACGAUCCGGCCGUGUUUGCCAACAAAUUCAAACGACUGCCACAACAAGCCCACGAACAACCACAACUUUCAACUUCCCCUCCGGUGCAGGUGAUCGGACCACCAACCUUUCAAAACACUACUCCAACAACAGCAACGGUGGAAAGCGACAACGUCACCACAUUGUUUGGUAGUGACGAAGAAUCUAAAUCAACCGAACCGCCACCAACGUUCAAUGCGUCGAUUAUCAUCAGCGAGAACGUCAUGCGGCCACCGACCGGGGUGGAAAGCACUUUCGAGCAGCUGGGUGACCGACUACGGACCCUACUGUUGAACAGCUUUGAGCCGAACUCCACCGAAAGUAGGGUAAUCGAGAAGUUAAAAUCGCCGCUCUCGGUGUUCAGUUUGUUCAAUGUGAUCAAAUUCGAGAACAGGCCGUGCAUCGCCCGGCGGGAGCAGCUGGCCACGUUCUAUGGGAUUUGCUACCACGAAAUGGAAUGCAGUCAACUGGGUGGGGUGCCGAUGGACCAUUGUGCCGGAGGAUUUGGCGUGUGUUGCGUUUUUCAACUGGGAUGUAACGACCAAACGGCUCAGAAUAUCAGCUACUUCCAGAGUCCUGGCUAUCCCACAGCAUUGCGCACCAAACUGACGUGUACCUUCACCGUGACGCUCCGAUGGAACGUUCGACAAGUUCUCCUGGAGUUUAUAUUCUUUGAAAUGGGACCACCAGCCGAUGGGAACUGUCUGGGUGACCAGCUCAUCAUAACGGUCCAGAAUGGCUACAUGAAGUAUCCGGUUCUUUGUGGCAUCAACAGUGGGCAGCACUUUUACAUUCAAGUUGACCGAGAUUAUUCACACUCCCUGCACUUAACUGCCGUAUCAAACAGCAAUGAACCAAAGGCAUUCAAUAUUCGGAUAACGCAGCUCACAUCACGGGAAGCCCCAGAGGGAUGCCUGCAGUUUUACACUGGAAUCAAUGGGUACAUCAAAUCCUUCAAUUACGAUGACCACUCUGUGGUGGUCACCGAAAGGAAGCCCAGCUAUUUGAACAACCUAAACUACGCCAUCUGCAUCCGGAGAGCCCCGAACUUCUGUGCCGUGACUUUCGAAAACAUUGGCGAUGGCGGUGAGGACAAUCAGUUCCAACUGGUAAACCUAGACGAAGACGGCGACAGCUUGGUCCGACCGGGCACUGCCGGAGUGGAAAUCUACAACUGCCCGGACGAUUUUAUCGCCAUAAACUACUUGCGGCUGUGCGGCGAACGACUGAAUGAUGGAGCCACAACUGAGGAUUACACCCGUAAUAGUCCGGUCACGGACGACAGUGGGGGACCGUUGGUGGUAGGUGUACGAUCAAAUGACGCUACAGUUGGUCGGGGAUUUAAAUUGCGCUAUCGGCAGGACAUUUGUCAGAAGGGUUGAAUAAAUCGCAUGUUACCAAAAGCCGUGGCACAUGGUUCAA